AUGAAGACCACUUCGUUUAUCUCGACUGUCGUAGCCCUCCUUGGUGCCUACUCGGUCGGCGUCUCGGCUGGCCUGCCGGACACGAUCAAUGUCCAUGUAAAGAACCUCGCUCCGGAGGACACGAUCUACGACCGCACUCGUCAGCUUUUUUACCAGUCGAACCUGUGGAAGGGUAUGAUUGAGGUGUGGGACAACAAGCGCCAGUCGCACUUUAAUGUGAAAAUCGACGGCGUUUCGUCUGGCGGUGAUGGUGAGCAGCAGAUGUCGGGUCUCUCGCUCUUGACGCACGACGACUCGAAGCGUCUCUUUGCUGUGGCCAAGAACUCGCACUCGUUUGACUUCAGCCCGAACCAGAAGAACGACGGCCCCAGCUCUUUCCACUGCUUCAAGCUUCCUCUUUCGGAACAGAGCAAGCCGGAGUGGAGUGUGUACUUGCAGGGCGUGCAGGAUGAGUUUCAGAGGCAGACGGGCCGCCGCCCCUUUGGUGUGGUGCAAUCGGCUCAAGACCGUGACGGUAACUCGUACAUCGCCUUUGCUCUUGGUAUGCCUGCUGUGGCCAAGAUUAGCCCAGACGGCAAGAACGUUGAAGCAUGGGCGCACGAGGAUGGCAACGGUGGCCAGCGUCCUGGCUACUCGGGUAUCACGUUCGACCCGCACUCGAACAAGAUCCUUGCCUUUGGUGGUCCCCGCCCUCUGACGGCCUUCUCGCUCGACAAGCCGAACCCCCAGCCUGAGCCUGUCCACAUCAAUGGCGACUUUGGCAAGCUUGAUGGCACUGAGAAGAUUGUCACUGUUCCUGUGAACGGUCAGAGCGUGCUUGUCGGUGCUCGUGCUCCGUAUGCCAUUUCGUUCCAAUCGUGGGACGGCUGGAAGUCGGCUUCUAUCAAGAAGACGAAGCGUGAAGAGCUCAGGAACAGUGGCUUUACUGCUGUCACCGAGUACUACGAAGGCAAGGAGCUUGGCCUUUACGGCGUCAGUGCCUUCUUUGACAAUGGCGCUCAUGGCGGUCGCGCCGACUGGCCCCUGUUCAAGCUUGACUCGGGCAUCCUCUACUUUUAA